AUGGCUUCCAAGAGCACAAUGCGUUCCAUUGUCCUCCUCGUGGGGUUGCUGCUGCUCUCAUGCAGCGGCACGAGCAGCGCGGCACGGCUGCUGGAGGAGGUGGCGCCCAAGGAGGAGUACCCGCACCCUGAAGUGCCAGAGCUGCCCAAGCCUGAGCUACCGCCGCAUUCAGUCGUGCCGGAACUGCCAAAGCCCGAGGUGCCCGUGCAUCCCGCCGCCGUGCCGGAGGUGCCGAAGCCUGAGCUGCCACCACAUCCCACCGUGCCUGAGCUGCCGAAGCCCGAGGUGCCGGAGCACCCUGCUGCCGUGCCGGAGUUGCCAAAGCCUGAGCUGACACCACACCCCACCGUGCCUGAGCUGCCCAAGCCCGAGGUGCCGGAGCACCCUGCUGCCGUGCCGGAGUUGCCAAAGCCUGAGCUGACACCACACCCCACCGUGCCUGAGCUGCCCAAGGUGCCGGAGCACCCUGCUGCCGUGCCGGAGCUGCCGAAGCCUGAGGUGCCUGAGCACCCCACCGUGCCGGAGCUACCCCACCCGGACGUGCCGGAGGCACCAAAGCAUGAGCUGCCACCUGCUCUGCCUGAACCAGAGUUGCCACCAAAGGCCGAGAGCCACUACCCGGAGCCAGAGACCAAGCCUUGA